UUCGAGCUUACAAGAUUCUAUAGAGCAAGUAAAUGGAACCCAACAUUCACUCGAACAAUUGCUACUGUGAAGGGAAUCAAAGAGAAAGAGUUAAAACCUUACUACCUCGUUAUUUACAAGUGGACAGAGGGAGAAAAGGAGUUUGUAACUCAACGACAUGGGAACGCAAAGAAGCCCACAUCUUCAAGUUACUUCUGUAAGGACCCAGAGGUUUUCAGUACCAUCGACAACCUACUAGAUAAAGGGAUGUCCACCGACAGAAUAUACAGUGAAAUGGCUGACAGGAAUACCGAUACUGUUAGUCAAACUAUCUCUGACCCAAAAAUGAUCGCAAACAGGCGGUACCAUUACAAAUCGUCUGGUGAUACAAGCACGGCAACAGAGUACAGUGAAGCGGAAAGUUUGAUAGCUGGUCUACAUAAAGUUCCCAUACUUAACAGCGUUACUUUCACGAAAGAGCAAUAUACAUCUGUAAAUGUACCAAGUCACGUGAUGAAUGACAUUUAUCGUUUCUGUGUUCUUGGUAACAGCAUACUCCAUGUGGAUACCACCUUCGAGCUCGUUGACGGGCUGUGGCUUACAGACACUUCGUUUCAGCAUGAAGGUCUUAUCAACGAAAGAAAUGCCAAUAAACACCCAGAAUUUCCCGGCCCAAGUUUCUGGCACUUUCGAAAAAACCGUGAGACCUAUCGCAGAUUUGCUGGCGAACUGCUGAUACAGAAACCAGAAUUGUCAGGCAUACAAAAAAUUGGUCACGAUCUCGAUAAAGCCAUCGCCAGGGGAAUGACAGAUGUUUUCCAAGAUGCAAAGAAUGUGUGGUGCACGCAGCAUAUUAAAGAACGCGACCUACUCCAUCUGAAGUCAAUUGGGGCUAACGAAAAGACACAGAAACGUAUCCUGACCGAUAUUUAUGGCUGUCAGCAAGAUAUUCUUCAGCAAGAUGGCCUUGCAGAUUCAGACGACGAAGAAGACUUUGACGCCAAACUUCAAAGUCUGAGACCUAUUUGGGAAACCUUAGCGCCAGGGUUUCACUCCUGGUUCAUCAAACACAGGUCAGAACAGUUCAAAAGCUGUUUAAUUCACUCCGCCCGAGAAGAUCUGGGCUUGGACGGAAGGUUUUAUACUAACGGCCUUGAACUUAAGCAUAAGCUCCAGAAAAAGCGUCUCCGAGAGGACGAAGUACCAAAAGAGGUCGCCGAAGUUUCUUCUACGCUGGAGAAGUGGACCAACGAAUUUUAUGUCGAAGAAGAGAGGGCCCUAAGGGGAAUGGGAAAAUACCGCCUUGCUCCUGGUUACGACCAGUUUAAGAUCGAUCCCGUUACCUGGAACAAGUGGGGGCCGGAACGACAGUCACAGCAUCUGAUUGCAUUUAGGAAUUUUCUAUGGAAAGGAGUAAGAAAGUUUAGAUUACUUUGUUACGUCAUGAAAAAUGUUUAUUACGCAAUAGUAAUACUAUAA